AUGCUCUUUAUUGUACGUACUGUCAUGUUUAGAAUAAGACGGACUGUUUAUUGUUUUAAUGAACCUUGUAUAAAUGAUAAUACUUGUUCAUCAAAAGGUUUUCAAUGUCGUUUUAAUCAUUGUUUAUGUCCUUCGAAUGAAUUCUGGGCUGGACAUGAUAAACAUUGUAUUCCAUGUCCGACAAAUUGGAUAAAUCUUUUUGUAUUUUGUAUUUAUUAUGAAAAAAAUGAAAAGAUGAAUUGGUCAAAUGCUGAUAAAUUCUGUCGACGAAUGUCUAGUUAUAUUGAUAAACCGACUCGAUUACUUGAAUUAAAUAAUCUCAAUGAAUUUAAUUUUAUUCAAAAAACUAUUCAUCAAAUAUUAACAGAUGAGCAAAUGGAAAUAGAAGUAAUUAAUAAUAGUAAUGGUAUAUUAUUAUCUAGUGCAAUGGCAUUUAUCGGUAGUCAAGGGCGAAGAACUUCAAAUAAAACGUGGAUCUAUCAUUGGGCAAAUACGACUGAUAAAAUAUAUACAAGUACUAGUCAAAUGUGGUGUAAAGAAAAAUAUUGGAAUACAAUCGUUAUAUCUCAAGGUGAGCCUGCAUGGGAACAAGAUGAAGAAAUAGAUAUAACUUUUCAAGCAUUAAAACGAUGGAGUGAUUCAGAUGAUGCAUGUCUUGUUUCUCUUUUACCUAAUAGUAGACAACCAAUUCUUUGUGAAAUUAUUGGAGAAUCAGACAGAUUUCGUAAUCAAUCUAUUUUGCCUUUUUUAUUCACAACAAUAACAACAACUACCACAGUAUCCUCAAUAAAAACAACAACAACAACAAUGAAAGAUAUUGUAAUUAAUAACCUAGCACCACCAUUAACAAUACUUUGGCCAUUAUCAACAGCUAUUUUUGCUACUUCUUCUACUACUACAACAGUAGAAACGAAUUUAACAAAUGUUCACUCCGAAAUAAAACAGAACGGAUCAUUAUUUCUUAUUCUUGGACUUCUAGGAAUUCUUACGAUAAUAUCUAUACUUAUAUUUAUUAUCUAUAUUCAUCAUAAAAAGAAAGAAUCAUCAAUAGAUUUAAAAUCAAAUACAAAACAAUCAUUAUCCCAUUCGAAAAUGGAUCAAAUACAUGUAGAAGAUUUACAAUCAAAUGAUUCUUCUGAAUCACAUUUUACAGUUGAAACUGCUACACAAGAAUCAGAUAGAAUAUUCACCGAUACUCACUCAUUAACACCAAGUAAAACAAAAUCUAUCAAAGCAUCAAAACUCGCUUUAUGGGAUCAAAUGGAAUCAUCUUUAUUUUCUUCUACAUCAAACAUCAUAUCAAAAUAA